ACGUUGCUGCAAUGUUGGUGCAAGCUUCUGUGCUGUAUGGGAGGCCUCCAGGAGCAAAGACAAAAUCAAUAUUGUUAAUAUUAGCAAUAAAAAAAUGGAAUAUUACCUUUACAAGGAAAAAAUUAAGACUGAUAAAUUAAUAUUAAAUUUAUCAUAAUUUCUCCUUUACAUUUCGAUAUCCAUCUUUAUUUUCUCUUUCGCAGUCAGUUUUUGAAGAAUCUUAGAAAUAUUUUUUUGUAUGAACGCAAAAAGAAAACAAAUAGCCCGUUACUGAAGUUAAUUCAAUAACUUCGUGAUUUGCCAAUGGUAUACUCUUAUUUAUAUUGAUCUUUGGAAUUGCUGAUAAUAAUAGUUUCAGUAAGUUCAAAUUUAGAUUACUUUAUCUGGAGUUUACAUAUUGCAGAAAUGAUCGAAGUUUCAUAUUGUCAAUUGGAAUAUGAAUGUUUAGCAUAAAUAAUGUGUAUCUCUCUGCAAGAAUUAUAAACGUUUCAAUCCCUGUAAUUAAUCACAUCCGUUAUUUCGUAAACACACGAUGGUGGCAAUGGCGAACGCCGAUAGUGAAUGACGUUGAUUCUCAUUGACUCGUUGACAGGAGAGUGACUGACAGGAAGAACUGUGUAUGAUCCAACGAAAAUUAAUCAGAGAGAAAGAACUAUGCGUUACGUCCGCGACGAACAUAAAGCGAGGAUCGACAGGACGUACAUUCCCAUUGAAAGAACGUACGAUAAGAGGAACGAGAGUGGCGAAAAAACAACAUAUGGAUGUCUCUUACAUGAGGUAGAUAAGGAUUUCGUGGGCGGAGAAACGUAAGCCUCUCGCGAUAGGCAUGAUCGCGACAAUGAUGCUCUGUACGUAACCAAAAAAGGCACAGAGAUACGUUCGAACGCGAUUUUAUCUGAGCAAUAUUGCGCACGUUUGAAAAUUCAUGCAAGUGAAUAUUGCAGUCAAGUGCGCUACGUUGAGUGCUCGUUCAGACUUGUGUAGAUAAAGCGUAAAUUUACCGUAAGAAGGUUGUUAUUGCGUUGAAGACAUGGCUGCUAACGUGUUAACGGAACAAAACAUAGUUAUGGAGUCCAUUGACGCCAGUGAUACGUUGCCAAUUGGUUUUAUCACUACGGAUGAUGGCCAUACACUUUUGGCAGUAGCUGAACAUGAAGAUGGUACGCUGGAGAUCAUGGCAACUCCCGUUGCGUUAGUGCCGCAAAAUAACAUGGGGCCAUCAGUAGUGAUGAAAUGUAUGGACGGAAAUAUUAUUGUGCGUCCUCCUGUUUUUCAGAUAAGUUUGGACAGUCUGCCUAGGACUGGGAUGCAACAACAAACAAACUUGUUACCAGUGCAACAGUUUGACAAUGCAUCGGUGAUAGUUGACCAGAUGAAAGUGGUACAAAAUAUGAAUGAGUCAAUAACUGCAGAACCCUUGCUAUCUGUUAACAAUACUGACAAUAUGUUGUCAGAUAAACGGGAACAAGAAACGGAAGAUAAUUAUGCUAAAGAUGAACUUGCACCUGUGUCCAUACAAAAUCUUUGCAAAAGAUCUCCAGGAAGACCAAAGAAAACUGGGGUAACUUCGCAAAAUACGCGUCCUCUGAAGUGUGACAUAUGCAGGCAAGAGUUUACUAAACAGACAUUGUAUCGCAGACAUAUGGAAAAUCACGCCGAAGAGAAGCCGCACAGAUGUCCGAAAUGUCCAGCAUCAUUCAAUAUUCCAACGAAUUUCACGCUUCAUAUGGCAACACAUAACACCGGCGAUCCGAAAUGCCCGGAAUGUGGUAGAAAAUACGCUAGAAUGGCAAGUCUUAAGUCUCACAUGUUGCUGCAUGAAAAGGAGGAGAAUCUCUUCUGUACGGAGUGCGAAGACGCUUUUUCGACAAAAGCCCAGUUGGACGCGCAUUUAAAACUCCAUGGGGAAAAGUGGGCGAGCGAGGAUGUGCGAAAAUGUAAAUUAUGUAACAAACAAUUCGUGCAACCUGCACUCUACCGAUUGCACAUUCGCGAGCAUUAUAGGCUACAAACGAAGAUAGUAAAGCAAACUAAGAGAGGGACAAAACAUAAAACGAUGUACAAAUGUACUAUAUGCCUGAAGUCCUUUCAAAAGCCGAGUCAGCUGAUGAGACAUAUCAGGGUACACACCGGAGAAAAGCCCUUCAAAUGUACCGUCUGCAAUAGGGCGUUUACGCAAAAGAGUUCGCUGCAGAUCCACAUGUGGCAACACAAUGGCAUUCGGCCGCACACGUGCAGUCUCUGCAACGCCAAGUUCAGUCAGAAAGGAAACUUGAAGGCGCAUAUACUCAGAGUCCACAAUGCGCCAGAAGGUGAGCCCACGUAUGCCUGUUCCUAUUGUUCUUGCAUCUUCAAAAAGCUGGGCAGUUUAAACGGCCAUAUCAAACGAAUGCAUUCUAACUCCCAGGAGGAAUUGGCCAUCAAAUCUUCGGAAGUUAAUUCCAACAUCUCAUCGGAAGCUGACAUGCGUGCAACGGUCGACAGUGUUAUAUCGCAAUUGGCGUCGUUGGAAUCUGCCGUUGGAUCCGUGAAUAAUAACACGGAUUCCACAGCAGUCCUAACGAUGAAUGUCGAACAAAACAAUAUCCUACAGCAAGCGUUGAAGAACAGUGGUUUGCCAAACAAAAAUGAAGUUACUUCGAAAGAAUCCGCGGAGAUUAAAAAGACAGAUUCGCCAACAACAUAUGUCACGCUGUUAGAUAAAACUGCAGGUGUUACAGCGAGGAAAUAUCUUACUAUAAAGCAACGUUGCAUAGGGAACAUACGAUGGUAUGCGUGUUCGUUCUGUCCUAAAGAAUUCAAGAAACCGUCUGAUUUGAUUCGCCAUUUGCGCGUACACACUCAAGAGAAGCCCUUCAAGUGCAUGUACUGCGUGCGUUCUUUCGCACUCAAGUCGACGAUGAGAGCACACGAGCGGACUCACACUGGAACAAAGAAAUAUGCUUGCAGUUCCUGCGAUAAAACUUUUGCCUGCCAUAGUAGUCUUACUGCUCACAUGAGAUUGCAUACGAAACCGCACAAGUGCAACAUUUGCGAUAAGUCGUUCAGCGCGAGCACCAUUUUGAAGAAUCACAUGAAGAGCCACACGCGGGAGAAGUCCAAGAUAACGCUGGAAGCGGAGAGUCUUGUACCGCAAGUAGUGCUGCAAGAACCGCUCAUCAUUAGUGACACCGGCAAUAUAAUCAGCGUGGCGCAAGUGCAAUCGAAGCAAAAACAAUUGUACGACAACGUCGGCGUGUCCAGGCCGCACGAAUGUUUGUUCUGUCACGCGGCGUUCAGGAAAGUCAGCCACUUGAAGCAGCAUCUUCGCCGGCACACGGGCGAGCGUCCUUACAAGUGCGCAAAGUGCGACAGGACGUUCACAUCUAAUAGUGUUCUGAAAUCUCAUCUGCAUACGCACGAUGACGCGAGGCCGUACAGUUGUUCAGUAUGCAACACGAAAUUCUCCACGCAGAGUAGCAUGAAGAGGCAUUUGGUUACGCAUAGUAAUAAAAGGCCGUUUAUGUGUCCGUAUUGUCACAAGACAUUUAAGACGUACGUCAAUUGUCGGAAGCAUAUGAAGAUACAUAAGCACGAGCUAGCGCAACGGCAAUUGGAGGAACAAAAGACGCAGGAGCAGAACAGACAACAGUCUUUGAGCCAGGAUAAGGAACCUACUGCCACGUUAUCGGAAGGCAUCGCCCUCGCCGAAGAUAUGGAAGUAUCGUUCCAGCCGCAAAUGGCGCCAGAUUUCACGCAGGCCUUCUCCGACCAGUUUCAAAAUAUCAGCGCGGAAAAGGAGAAGUCCUUCUUGCUAACGGAUACCACAACGUCAGCCAUCGCAAAUCAGAAUUUGUCUGUCGAUACGACUAACUUGGGAACAUCGCAGACUCUACACGCCGAUGAAACCGGCACCAUCACGUUACCUCAUUACUCGGGGGAUCAAACACUCACACCGGAAAGCAUACGAGAAAUCGAGGAGACUCUGAACCAACAACUGUUUAAUAUCGGUGUGAAUCUUGGGCUGGGAAACAAUCUGCCGAGGCAGAUGGAUGAGACGAAUGUGAGUUCUCUCGAUAGCUCCAGGGAACAACCGGUAUUAAAUAUAUACGAGCAUAAUAAAAGUUUGGACUCGUCCGGCAAUACUAUAUUCACGUCGCAAUUUGAUUCGUUUGACAUGAGCCAAAUCACGUUGCAGACGGAUAACGAGAUAGAUAUUGGUCUGAACCCAAGCAACACCACGAGUAUGUCCAGCAUUUUGCCCAGAUCUUUGGGAGAAAGCAGCAGGCAGCAAGAAGAAGAGCAACGGACUAUUUCAGUUACCACUGCCAGCAAUAUAGACUCCUCUCACAUCACGAAAAAUACUCAUCUGAUGAUAAUAAAUCCUAAAGAGAAUUGUUCUGAAUUGGUGAAGCUUGCGCAAGUAUGCCCAUCAAAGUACACGAAGGUUAUUGCAAAGGCGGACACCACGAAUGGAUCGGAGAUACAAGGUGCGAGUGCAUCCGAAAAAACGUCACAGAAAAGUAACGGUGCAUCGUGCGAGAAUGAAAACAAUCCCUUGUUUACGGAAAACUUUCCAAAUACGAUGCAAUCGGAGAUCUCCUCUGGUAUUAUGAAUAGCUCGGCAAGAAUACCUGAAUGCAGCACUCUGUUGCAAUGUCACAUGUGUGGUGAUCAAGGUUUUAUGACCGAGGAUUUGAAGGAACAUCUGAAAUCCCAUCGCGGUGACAAGGAGUAUCAAUGUUCGGAAUGCUCGCUGCGAUUUUGUACAAAUGGUGGUCUCAGCAGACACAUGAAGAUGCACACGAAUAAGCAACAGUGGAAAUGCAUGACCUGCCAGAAAGUAUUGGACAGCAGACUGCAACUGAAAUUACACUCUAAGGUCCACACCGAGGCUUGGAAUAUUUCGUCCAUGGAAGCAGACAGCUCUCAGAAAGAACUGAUCUCCUCGAAUUCUGAUCUCUCGUCGAUAACAACACUGGAUGUCCAAUUAGAUCCGGACUCGUCGGUGUCCCAAAAAGUUCUAAUGGACGCGGUUGCCGAGAGAGAGAUCAUGGGCUAUCCGGAUGAGAACAUGAAAAAGAAAGAGAAAAGAGAGUAUACGAAUAAGUGUAAGUAUUGUCCAAAAACUUUCCGCAAACCGAGCGAUCUCAUCAGGCACAUCCGCACGCACACGGGCGAACGGCCGUACAAAUGCGAUCAUUGCAACAAGAGCUUCGCGGUCAAGUGUACUUUGGAUUCGCAUAUGAAAGUUCACACGGGUAAGAAGACAUUCUGCUGUCACGUCUGUAACAGCAUGUUUGCUACGAAGGGCAGUCUGAAGGUCCACAUGCGACUGCAUACUGGAUCGAAACCGUUUAAGUGUCCGAUAUGCGACCUGCGAUUCCGCACUUCCGGUCACAAAAAGGUACACCUGCUGAAGCACGUGAGGGAGCACAAGGGUGGCGCGAAACGCAAGCCGAAACAUUUGAAGAUUACAGCAGUAGCGGAAGCGGCAGCUAGCCUCGAGAAGAUCAAUGAUAGCUCGACGGUGGUCGACGGUGGUGGCGCGGCGGCGGAAACCGCGACAACGUCUGUGAUCAAUGACGAGAUCGUGUCGUCGGAAAACUUGAACUACUCCGCAUCCAUGGAACAUACGGUGAAUCUCGACGCGGCGGCAGUACUGCCGAAUCAAAUCACGUUCAACCACCCCGAUGCGACGACGAUUCUCAACAACAACUCUAUGCUGUCCAUGAACGAGAGCAACGAGCUGGUAGCGAAUCUACAGUUUUUAUUGGCGAAUGGUCUCGUCACCAUCCAAACGGAUGACACGUUGCUGACGCAGCCGGCGGCCAGUAGUUCCGACACCGGCAUCGGCAGCGAGAUGCCGACCAACGUGAUCGAGUUGAUCAAUCCGAAUCCUUUUCCGGAGACUUGCAGCUUAGAUAACACUAAUCACGUGGUGAUAAGCAGCCAGGUACCGACCGAGACCACCGUGAACGCGAGCGAUGCGGCCACGGCGGCGGUCAUCCAGAUAAACGAUUGCGUACCGUCUGUAUCUAUGAUGCAGAUGCAGGAUCAGGUGGCGAACAGUGGCGACACGACCGAAGCGAAGACGAGUGAUCAGUCGACGACCGCGAGCAAUCAGACGACUAAAAACACGAUGCAGUCGAGGAAAGAAUGCGACGUGUGCGGCAAGACGUUCACGAAACCGUACCAGAUGGAACGGCACAAGCGGAUACACACGGGCGAACGGCCGUACAAGUGCGAGCUGUGCGGCAAGUCGUUCGCGCAGAAGUUCACGCUGCACCUGCACCAGAAGCAUCACACCGGCGAUCGUCCGUACCCCUGCCCGCACUGCAAGCACUCGUUUACGCAGAAGUGCAACCUGCAGACGCAUCUGAGGCGCGUUCAUCAGCUGACGGCGAGCGACACGUCGAAAAAGUUCCGAAACAGCCAGAUGCUGAACGCGCUUCUGCCGGACAAUCAAGGGAGUGAUGGGAAAUUAGUGAAUCUGGACGACGUAUUUGUAGUCGAUUUUCUCAAGUGAACAUUUUGUAAAAAGGUGGUCCCUGUCGAGGAGGAAAUAUGUACUCGGUGACGCGAAGGAGGUAACAUAGCUAUGUAACAUAACGUGCUCAUUAACUACUGUCCUGUAAACGAUUACAGGUAAUUGUGGUGAUUACCGGUAAUCGUUGGUGAUUAACUGCUACGCUUUUGAACAGAAGAGAUAUUAAAUUUUAAAGAAACAAUGAAAACUGUGAUGUGUGUGUGUGUGUGUUCAGUAUAUCGAUGAUGUUGUUCUAGUUCAGUACUAUAUUGUGCAUAACAUAGCAGUACUGGUGGCAUAAUUUAAUGCAGUUCGUUUUUAAUCGAUUGUGUAAUAAUAUUGUUACAUUUUAUAUCGCUGAGCUAUAUCGGAAUUGUUGUAUGUGUUCUUUCUACCCUUAGCGGCGCCAUGCACAACUGAUAUUUUACCUUCUUUUAUUUAAAAUAAAGCGCAUUGUUAUAUACAUCA